UUCCUCUCCUCUCGCAUUGGUGUUCUGAUCGUGAAUUCACCCAGGGUCCGGGAUGACGAUCCGACACCAAGGCCAGCAGUACAGGCCGAGGAUGGCAUUUCUGCAGAAGAUUGAAGCGCUCGUGAAGGACAUGCAGAACCCAGAGACUGGGGUCAAAAUGCAGAACCAGAAGACCCUGGUCACCAGCGUGCCUCAUGCCAUGACGGGAGGUGAUGUUCUACAGUGGAUCGUUCAGCGGCUUUGGAUCUCCAGUCUGGAGGCACAGAACCUGGGCAAUUUCAUUGUCAAGUAUGGCUACAUUUACCCUCUACAAGACCCGAAGAAUCUUGUUCUCAAGCCCGACAGUAGCCUCUACAGAUUUCAGACACCAUAUUUCUGGCCUACCCAGCAGUGGCCAGCUGAAGAUACAGACUACGCCAUCUAUCUGGCCAAGAGAAAUAUCAAGAAGAAAGGAAUUUUAGAAGAAUAUGAAAAGGAAAAUUAUAAUUUCUUGAACAAAAAGAUUAACUACAAGUGGGACUUUGUCAUUAUGCAGGCCAAAGAGCAGUACAGGACUGGCAAAGAAAGGAACAAGGCUGACAGGUAUGCGCUGGACUGCCAGGAGAAGGCGUAUUGGCUGGUGCACCGGUGCCCUCCAGGAAUGAACAACGUGCUGGACUAUGGCCUGGACCGAGUGACCAAUCCGAACGAAGUGAAGGUAAACCAGAAGCAAACAAUCACGGCUGUCAGGAAAGAGAUCAUGUAUUAUCAGCAGGCCUUAAUGAGGUCCACCGUGAAGUCUUCAGUGUCCCUUGGAGGGAUCGUCAAGUACAGUGAGCAGUUCUCAUCCAACGAUGCCCUCAUGUCAGGCUGCCUCCCUAGCAACCCUUGGAUAACAGACGACACUCAGUUCUGGGACUUAAAUGCCAAAUUGGUGGAAAUCCCAACCAAGAUGCGGGUGGAACGAUGGGCCUUCAAUUUCAGUGAGCUGAUCCGAGAUCCCAAGGGUCGGCAGAGCUUUCAGUACUUUCUCAAGAAAGAAUUCAGUGGGGAGAAUCUGGGAUUCUGGGAAGCCUGUGAGGAUCUGAAGUAUGGAGAUCAGUCCAAGGUCAAGGAGAAAGCAGAGGAAAUCUACAAACUGUUCCUGGCCCCCGGGGCGAGGCGGUGGAUAAACAUAGAUGGCAAAACCAUGGACAUCACGGUGAAAGGGCUGAGGCACCCCCACCGCUACGUGCUGGACGCAGCCCAGACGCACAUCUACAUGCUCAUGAAGAAGGAUUCUUAUGCUCGCUAUUUAAAAUCCCCAAUCUAUAAGGAAAUGCUGGCCAAAGCGAUUGAGCCUCAGGAAACCACCAAGAAAAGCUCGAGCCUCCCAUUUAUGCGACGUCACCUGCGCUCCAGCCCAAGCCCUGUGAUCCUGAGGCAGCUGGAAGAGGAAGCCAAAGCUCGAGAAGCAGCCAACACAGUGGACAUCACCCAGCCAGGCCAGCACAUGGCUCCCAGCCCCCACCUAGCUGUGUACACCGGGACCUGCGUGCCGCCGCCCUCUCCUUCCGGCCCCUUCUCCCCCUCCUGCCCCUCCCCCCGGAGGCCUUUCCGUUCACCCAGCCGCUUCAUCCGGCGGCCCAGCAGCACCAUCUGCCCCUCACCCAUUCAGGUGGCCCUGGAGAGCUCCUCGGGCUUGGAGUCCAAGGGGGAGGCCAGCUGGUCCAGUGCCCACCGCGGGCCCCUGGCUACCGAGGGCACUGAGGUCUCCGCUGACUGCCCUGGGGCUCGAGGCCAGCCCAGGGCCCCCACCAAGGUCCGCGCAGCUCUGCCCUUCAGCAGGUUCCUGAGAAGGGGCUGCCUGGCCUCACCUGUCUUUGCCCGGCUCUCGCCCAAGUGCCCUGCUGUGUCCCAUGGCAAGGUGCAGCCCCUGGGGGACGUGGGCCAGCAGCUGCCGAGGCUGAAACCCAAGAGAGUGACCAACUUUUUCCAGAUCAAAAUGGAUGUGCCUACAGACAUCGGGCCUUUCCUGAUGGACUCAGAUGACACAGGGACAGGAGAGUCUGGGGACCGGAACACAGAGAAGGAGGUCAUCUGCCCCUGGGAGAGCCUGGCCUCGGGAAAGGCAGGCUGAGCUGGUGCCAUGGCCCAGGAAGGUGCUCCUGGAAGACACUGCUAGACAAGGCCAUGGGGUGCACUUGCUCUCAAACCUAAGUGCGUUAGGAUGAAGUUGGAGGCUGGUGAGCCUAGGUAGGAUGUGGUGAUGAGUGCUCCGGCUGGCUCCCAACGGCCAUCCCUUCCUUUCCCUUGACUUUCCUUUGCUUGGCCAGAAACGCAUGUGGACCAGAAGUUCCUUGCUGCCUUAAAACUAAUAAAAGGAUGAAUUGGAAGAGUUUCUUGGAUUGGACUAUUAGCAUGUGCCCAGCGUUAGUAGUUAUUCAGGAGCUAAAUUCACAUCUUCUUCAGUUUUGUGACUAAAGGACUUUGAGUCCUCUCAAGAGGUCUCCCUUCCUGUCUACAUGGGUUUGGGAAUGAUGUUUUGCCAGCUGAGCUGCGGGGGACAGCCGGGGGAAGGCACACUCUUAGAGCACCAGAUCGCUCAAGAAGUUGGCACCAAAGCAGGGUUUGUUGGGGAAAGCACCGGAGAGGAUAAAUGGCUGGGAACUGAAGAAGAAGGUGGGAGGAUCUGGCCUGGUGCAGAUCUGACCUCGGGUAUGGAGGUAGGGAGCAGAAAAGUGUCUGGUGGCAGCACAGUUGAAGGGAGAUGUGGUUAGGCCACCAUGUGAACGUACUGAGUCCAAGUCAUCGUCAGAAGAGUCUUGCAGGUCCUCACAAUGAGCCUGCAGUGGCAUUCCUGUUGUGCAUGGUCACCAGCUGGGAGCCCUCUGCGGGAAGCCUCGCCCCCCGCAAGGUCGUGCUGGUGGGUCAUGUUCCACAGCAACUGGGUCGUCAGCUCAUCUGCAUUAGGCACUCUGGACACCAUUUUAAUGUCUGUUGUGCUGGGCUUGUGGGUGCUUCCAGAUGUGUGGGUUUUGGCUGCCCCUUCCACCUCUUCUCCCAAGUAGUCAUCCAGUGUGGAUUUAUUCCUGAGCCCCUUCUGUGUGCUCAGGCUGUGCUAGGCCUGGGGAUGUGCCUGAGUGUAGGACUCCUUGUGCCAUAGAUUCAUCAUCUCCUGAUUCCCAACCUGGUUGAUUUUGUUCCUCAGGGGACAUUGGGCAUGUCUGGAGUCAUUUGUGGUUGUCGCAAAUGGGGUGGAAGGUGAGGGUUACUGCUGGCAUCUAGUAGGUAGAGGUUAAGGGUGCUUCUAAACAUCCUACAAUGCAUAGCACCCCCUACCCCCAUAACAAAAGAUUGUCUGUCCAACAAUGCCACUGUUAAGAAAUCCUGGACUAGAGGUUACAAAUGACGUAGCAGUUACAAAUGUCUCUGGUUUCUGCCUCAGCCCUGAAGGAUUGCCCCAGAGGAUCCGACUGGGACCAUAAUUGGUAUAGACAGUGGGUUGAGAUUAAGACCUACAUGGUAAAUAAAACAUUUCUUAAAAGUCGCAUGAAAAGCCCUCAAAGGGGGGAAAAAUUCCAGUGUUUUGUAAAUCACUUGUUCUGCUCCUGCCCUGGAAAACUCAAUUAGCAGAUAAGAGCCCCUGACCUGCUGUUAACCUCUGACAGCUUAUUUUAUCUAAGCUGUAAAUACUGGGGCUGUGGAAUCAUCUCUGCACACUUCUAAAAAUGAAUGUUGGGAUGACUGAGCACUCUGCGAGGAUGAAGCAGGAAGAUUGCAAACUCGAGCCCAGCCUGGGCAACUUAGUGACUUAGAC